AUGAGAGAAAAGGUUGAAACUGCGGAGGGUCGAGAGCUUGAAGCAGUAUUCGCAUAUAAAGUCUCUGAGCAGCAUGCGAAGAAUGCCGAAGACGCCCUUCGUGAAACGAAACAGGAACUAGGACCGAUGCAAGCUCAGCUCUUAUUGCUCAACGCAGCAGCUCAGACAAGAGUGGAUAAAGAUAAAGAGACAAAAAUGGUCGUACGAAGCAGCAACUCAUUGUUCAAUCUCGUCAAGACGAGCUUGUUGCAGAGAUAA